AUGCCAAAAAUACAGAUAAAGCUCAAAGACCGGGAGACGGCCGAAAAGCUACAGACAAGCAGUAAUGUGAAGCCGCCGCUCGAAGAAAAUGGCAAGUCAACAGGCCAUGAUAGAGUCGCUGAAUCUAACGAUGGUUCUGAAGCAUCCCCGGAAAACAAAGAAGAAACGGAUUCGGUAAAGGACAAUAUGGACGAAGAGGACCGUGGCCGACGGUUUUCUGAUAACGAAGAGGAGCCACUUGUUGAAAGUGAGCCAGGAUUGUCAUCUAUAAUUGGAUUUGAUGGCUUUGGAUCGACUAAAAACAAGAAAGUCAAUGGUAAUGCCGCUUUUGGUGCCAAAAAAUUACCUAGAACUGAAUAUCGCCAGUACAUGAACCGUGAAAAAGGAUUCAAUCGCCCACUCUCACCACCCAGGAAGAAGAAGAAAUGA